AUGCUCCGCAGACUUGCCCGGACCGCGGCCCAGUGGCACGGGGCCCUCUGGGCGCGGGGGUCUGGGAGCUGGGCGGGGGUCCCGGCGCACGUGGUGGACCUGCGCAGCGACACGGUGACCAAGCCCGGGCCGGCCAUGAGGCGCGCCAUGGCCGAGGCGGUCGUGGGGGACGACGACUACGGCGAGGACCCCACCGUCCGCGAGCUGCAGGAAAAGGCUGCGGAGCUGCUGGGGGUGGAGCAGACCUUGUUUGUGCCCACCAACACCAUGGCCAACCUCAUCUCUGUGAUGUGUCACUGCCGGCGCCGGGGCUCCCAGCUCCUCCUCGGGCAGGAGUGCCACCUCCAUGUCUAUGAGCAGGGCGGGGUGGCUCAGAUCGCAGGGGUGCACUCCCACCCCCUCCCAGACCUGCCCCAUGGCACCCUGGACCUGGCUGAGCUGGAGAGGAUGGUCACGCGGGGCCUUGGGAGCCCCUACCACCCAGUCUGUGAGCUCAUUUGCCUGGAGAAUACCCACAGCAGCUCGGGGGGCCGGGUCCUCCCCAUCAACUACCUACGCCAGGUGCGCCUCCUGGCCCGGAGCUACGGGGUACGGGUCCACCUGGACGGGGCCCGGCUGAUGAACGCCUCGGUGGCUCUGCACGUGCCCCCGGCGCACAUCGUGGAGCACUGUGACUCUGUGUCUCUCUGUGUCUCCAAGGGCCUGGGCGCACCCGUGGGGGCCCUGGUUGGGGGGCCCAAGGACUUCAUCGAAGAAGCCUGGCGCCUCCGGAAAGCCCUGGGCGGGGGGAUGCGCCAGGCGGGGGUGCUAGCAGCAGCUGCCCUGGUGGGACUGGCUGACGCCGAGGAGGUGCUGCUGAGGGACCACCGGAACGCCCAGAGAUUCGCUAAAGGGCUCCAGGAACUGGCGUCGCCCCUCUGCUCCGUGGAUCUCACGGCCGUGGAGACGAACAUGGUGAUGGUGAGGGUGGACGGGCCGCCGCCCGAGGAGCUGUGCCGGCGCCUGCAGGCCGUGAGUGCCGAUGAGGUGGCCCAGACUGGCCGCGCAGUGCGAGUGCUGCUCUUCCCCUGGACAGAGCGGUCGGUGCGCGCUGUGUGGCACCGUGACGUCUCGGCACAGGACACUGAGCUGGCGCUGAGGAAGUGGGGGUUCGUGCUGAGGCAGCUGGGGCCCUGAGGACAGGGUGCCCGGAUCCUGUGCCCAGCUGGGCUCGGGCAGGGAGUGGAGGGUCCCCAGGGAGUGGG